GCGGCAGUGCGGGUUUAGGGGGCGGCGAGGGCGGGUGCCUCCGUUGAAACAACCCCUUGACAACAGGCCCGCGAUCAGUCUCGCCCUCGACGUGUCACCACUGUACUGCUCUCUUUCUCUCUCUCUCUCUUUAUAAUUCUCUUGCUUUUUCUUUCUAAUUGUUUCUAUCUUGAACGAACGUAUUAAUGAACAAACGAAUUAACGAACGUUGAUUAACGAAAUAACGCAAGAAUCUUACUUGUGAUAGUAUAUAAGUUUUCUUUUUUUUUUCUUCUUCUUGUUCUUGUUCUCUUUUCGGUAGGGAUUGUUCUUUACCAAAAAGAAAGAAAGCAAAAAAUAAAAUAAAUAAAAGAAGAAGGAAAGGGAUCGAUAGAUCGCCAACCUUGAGGAUCAUCACACGUAUCUUCGAAUCUAUUUCUCGUUCGCGUGCCGUCGGUGCUUCGUGGUGCUUCGGCUGCUUUAGUGUGGCACCUCCGUAGACCGUCCCCGCUCAUUCAGUAUGGAGUGCCCGAAAGCAGUCAAACAAGGCCGUAAUUUUCGUCUGCUUACGAAGGACGAGCAACCGGAACUUCUUGACUACCUCGGAAAACAUUUACCCCUGUCGUUGAAGUUUCAUCAGACGCUGUUGACUUACAUGAAGGACAAAGUAUGGGAAUUCUAUUUUUAUGUGCCAAACGAGUGGCCGAACAUACAAAUAUGUCUGCACUUCCCAGGAAUGACGCUGUCUCCGCACGGUUUGCUGUACGAAAGCGUGGGAGUAUUCUGUCCUAACGAUCAUCUGGAACAACUGAACCUACUGCGUGAUGAGGAUAUCCUGAUCGACUGGUCAAAGCCUCUUUAUAUUAAUUUUGUUCACAUAGACAUCGCUAAUAGACUGGUAGAACUUUACAAGGAUAUCGGGAACGUUGAUAUGGUAACUGUUGAUGUCUGGGCUUGCGAAGAUUUAGAACUUUUAGAUCGAAAGGAGGAAACCGAGGAAGAAAAUAAUCCGGAUGUACAAGUGUUACCACUUAAGGCCGAACAUGCUGAAGGGAUUUACGAGCUUUAUCCUGCUAACGAUAUAGAAAGUCACGAGGUCUUUCUACGAUUGAUUAAAUCCUUACCAGCUGGCGGUGUCUUUUGCAAGGACAGUUUAGCAGCGUGGAUGGUGCAAUCUUAUUACGGUGCUAUGUUCUCGAUGCAGACCAAGCCCGAACAUCGUAGGAAAGGUUAUGGAACAAAAUUAGCAAGGUACCUGACGAAACGCGUAGCCGAAAGGGGUUACAGUCCGUUCGUAGUUAUACGUCCGGAAAACGACGCCAGCCAGAGCUUGUAUAAGAAAUUAGGUUUUAGGCAGCUAUUUCAAACAGUUCGUAUGAUAUUCACGCCUUCGUCGUGGCAGGAAACCGAAAACGAGGCUAGCAAUAUACUCAGGGAGAAUCUCGAAAAUGCGGUUAGACAACUGAACGUUGAACAGAGGGUAAUAGCUGCUCUUCGUGGCGAAGAGAAUAAAAGUGUAGCGUCCGUCGAAGUACAAGAAGUCGAGAAUGAAGAAACGAUAAGGGAAGGUGGUUCGGACUCUAACGAGGAAACUGAGGUCGUUGUCGAGGAAUCGGAAGACGAGAGUUAUGCUCGGGACGAGGAAGUUCUAGAGCCUAUUGAAGAACAAGAGGAAAGGAUAGAAGUUGUCGAAACUAAGAAAGGAAAUAAUCAAAAUCAAGAUAAUAUCCAACUCGAGGAUGCUUCUAACGUUGAUAACAGCAACGAGAGAGACGAAAUCACGAUAUCGCAAACAACAGAAAUUGAAUCUGUUGUUUGUGAUUAAACAAAACAAAACCAAAAAAAAUAACAGUCCAUGCCUCUUGUCGUUUUUCUUUACUCGAAGAUGAUUAUAUACGUUCCGUGCAUAUAACACACCAAUGUCGUAAAAAAUUUAUCUGUACAAUUGUUUCAAUUAUUUUUCAACAUUUUCUUAAUUCUCGUUCUUCUAAAUUAUUCAUUAGAAUUACAAUUGAAAUGAUUUAUUUCCCUGAUAUCGAUAGUAAUAUUUAUUUAUCUUUAAUUUCGUAACACACGCAUCGAGUCAAUUUUUGACAUAAUGAUUUGACGUAAGUCUCUUCGAGUAAUCGAAACAACGAGGUGGAGAGAAACAAAAAAGAAAAAGACAAAAAAAGAGAUAUUUUAUGAAAUUUCCGCGUUUCCGCACCGCGCUCGCGCGAGGUUUCGAGUGCGUAUAAUUCACUCACAACACAUCCACAUACAGCAUACACCACACACAUACCCACACAAAAAUACACUCAUAGAAACACUUGCGUAAAAUCCGUCGUAUGUUACGACGAGUUUUUUCAUAUCAAAUUCUUACGAGGAAAAUUUUAGAGAAUUAAAAUAUCAACGGCUGUAAACUCUUCUUAGUUUUUUUAACAACUUUAUAAUGAAACGAUAACAUCGACAAAGUAUACCACAGUGAUUAGAACAAAAAAAAAAAAUAAAAAAGUAUCGUAAUAAUAAUUAUAUUGUUGUAAACGAUGAAUACGAAUUAAGAUCAAAAAAAAGGAUGUGUAAAUUAACAAAAAAAAAAAAAAGAAAAAAAGAAAAAAUAGUUUCGUUCUAAUAGCUAAAG